CAAUUGCAAAACAUUUUACCGGAACCGAUAUCAUUGCGUUCGACGAUUUGCGGAGCUCUUCAACCUGAUCUACAGCAAUUUUUGCUUUCUCAUUGUAUCACAGCGCGAAGUUUUCCUAAUCCCACUCAAGCGUGCUGCAUAUUCGAUGUACCAUCGCGGGAAUUAUGAACCUUCUCCCGUUUUCGUGAACAUCUACGUCAAGUUUCCACUAUGAGUCGCUACGUGUUCGCGCUGGUCGGCAUGACUCUGCUGGUAGCAGCUGUCUCGGCGGCGCCUGCCAAGGAACCAGAGCCAGAGGUCGACCCGUCUUCAGGUCCCACCGGCGGACUCUUGGAGGCCUUCAGAUCAGUCGGUAGCCAGUUUCAGCGCGUGGCCGACGGGUUCCCGCUGAGCUUCAACAACGCGGCCUCCCGCUUGCAGACGUGGGCUGAAGGCGCCGGCAGCACGGUGGGCAAGUCGGCCAGCGACUCCUUCCAGUUCACCAGGCAGCUCUUCAAGCCUUUGCGUAACGAAGACGUCCAGCCGCCCUCAACCACCUCUUAGAUACACGGCGAUUCCGUACAUAUCACCGUUCACGAGGCCAAAGCGCGUCGAAAACAUUCUCAAUAUCGAGGCCCGGCCGUCGCGGGUGCUGGUGACUACAACAAUUCCACAAAAAAAUAUUCAUUAAAUGACUGUUAAAUGAU